GUUCACAAAACAGACGUCUAUCUAGAUAGCGAGUUUGCCACUCAAACAACGGUAGAGUAGACAGUUAUCUUCUUCACAAGUUUUCCGGGAACAGUACAUUUCAUCAGAUACACUCUCUGGAAAUGUUAUUUAAUCCUACCGGGUUGGCCGAAUGUUUACAAGAAUGGCAGGAUCUGGAAAAAGACUAUCAAAAGCUCCAGGAGACACAUCGGCUCUACAAACAGAAGCUGGAAGAAGUUUCGAAGCUGCAGGACAGUUGUUCUUCUUCCAUCGCACGUCAGAAGAAAAAGUUAAAGGAUCUCUCCAAAUCCCUGGAAGAAUGCAGAGUGAUAGCAAAUCCAGAUGAUGUCAACGGAAUAGACGGGAUUCAAGAGUCCAUUAGAGAAAGACCAAAUGUCUUUUUUGAUAUGGAGGCCUUCCUGCCAAAGAAGAACGGGUUAUACCUCAGUCUUGUUCUUGGAAAUGUGAACGUUACACUCCUUAACAAGCAGUCCAAGUUUUCCUAUAAAGAUGAGUAUGAGAAAUUCAAACUAUACUUGACCGUACUGCUCUUGUUGUUCUCAUUCACCUGUCGGUUUUUGGUCAGCUACAGGGUUGUGGAUGCACUUUUUAACUUCCUGUUGGUGUGGUAUUAUUGCACAUUGACGAUAAGAGAGAGCAUCCUCAUUAAUAACGGCACUAAGAUCAAAGGCUGGUGGGUGUUUCAACACUAUGUUUCAACUUUUCUGUCUGGAGUAAUGCUGACCUGGCCUGAUGGUGAACUCUACCAGCUGUUCAGAAAUCAGUUCUUGUCCUACUCUAUGUAUAUAAAUUUUGUUCAGUUUCUGCAGUAUUACUACCAAAGUGGCUGCUUAUAUAGACUUAGAGCACUUGGAGAAAGACACAACAUGGACCUCACAGUUGAGGGGUUUCAGUCCUGGAUGUGGAGGGGUCUGACCUUUCUCCUGCCUUUCCUUUUCUUGGGCCAUUUUCUCCAGCUGUAUAAUGGAAUUACACUCUUUCAAAUGGUCCAGCUUCCAGAAUGGAAAGAGUGGCAGGUUCUCAUGUGUGGCUCAACUUUCCUUGUUUUGUUCAUUGGAAACUUCUUCACGACUCUUGGUGUUGUUUACCACAAAUACAUGGAUCAGAACAAGGCUAAAGCUUUAUGAACUCUGCAAAAAGCACUGAACUCUUUCUAUAUUUUUGUUUUAUAUUCAUGUUUAUUUUUUAAUUCAGCAAAUAUGAAACGUUUGUGUUAUUAAUAUUGCAAAAUGUUCUGUGUUUGUUCUCUGUGGUUGAACCACACUAAGUGAGGAUUUUUCUAAAUGUGUAACAAAUCAAAAGGGAUGGAAUGUCUUUGCCUUAAUGUCAAAUAUGGAAUGUAUUGUUGUUAUUUAUAA